AUUGCGCGCCGUACGGACCGAGGCAGUUAAGUGGGAGAAGGCCGCCGUUGAGCACCACCGACCAACAAGAGAAGACCGCGACGUUCGGAGCCCCCACUACCACGGCUGGGCACUACUCUUGUCCGCUCGGUCGACAUCGUUCUGGGUUCCGAGUACCCUCCCACUCGCCACCAUGACCCUCGUCCCCGAGACGGUGUCUGCCGCCCCUGGGCGCGCGCUGGCGGUGGCAGCGGGGGCGGCCGUGGCGGUUGGUCUAGGGGUGGCAGCGGCGGCGGCGCGGAGCCUAGCCGGCCCCCGCCCGCCCCCCGAGUCGCAGUGGCGCCGUGUCGGCACCCUCUCCGAGCUCGCCCUCUACCCGCUCAAGUCGGGCAGCCCCAUCUACACCGACACGUUGCUCGCCACCCAGCAGGGCCUCUGCUACGGACAGGGGGGCCUUCGCGACCGGGUGUUCGUCGCCGUUAACCGCAACGGGUGCUUCGUGUCCGGGCGCUCGCACCCGGGUCUCUUGCUGGUCGAGGUGAGGGCCGUCUCCAGGGACGGCAAGUCCCUCGACGACGUGGUGUUUGAGUUUCGGAGCAGCCGGGUGCCGACCCCGCUGACGGUGGACCCGGCGGACCUGGCCGGCUUUCAGAAGAAGACGAUCAGCGUCCAGACCAACAGCGUGUCGGCGGUCGACUGCGGGGACGAGGCCGCCGCCUGGAUCCGGAGGGCGGCCGUCGACGCCGUUGUGCUCGGCGAGGCCACGGCCAACGCGGACCUGCGCCUGGCCUUCUUCCCCUCGCAGCGCACGGACCGAACGCCUCACAAAAUGACGUCCCCGAAGGACAUGGGGAUCUACUCCGAUGUGACGGCCUUUAACCUGCUGUCCAGGUCCUCGCUGGCGGCGCUCAACGCCAAGAUGUCUAGCCCCGCCGCCGUGGCCCGCCAGUUCCGGCCCAACUUCGUGGUGGACGGGGCCGCCGCCUUCGAGGAGGACGGCUGGUCCUGGGUUCGCAUCGGCGACAAGGCCGUGUUCCGCGUGGUGAUGCCGUGCGGCAGAUGCGUUUUUACGACCAUCGACCCAGCGACUGGCAUAAAGUCGGCAAACGUAGAACCGCUGAGGACUCUGAACACGUUCCGCAAGCCAAACGCAGAGCAGAUAAAGAAGAUGGGAGAAAAUGCGCCCAUGAUGGGCCUGAACAUGAGCAACUACUCGAUGGGAGAGGUGUCUGUGGGCGACCCCGUGUACGUCGCAUCGUGAAAGGAAAGGAAGAAUUGUUUUCUUCCAGUCUGUUCUUUAACUGUGGUGGUGAAGGCGAUUGUGGCUCCGCUGCUCAAAAUAGGUGCCCGUCAUAAUUUAUUGUAUCAGAUUGUGUAAAUAAAAAUAUCUGUAAGCUGUA